AGGAAGGCAUUUUAGUAUCCCGCCAGCAAAAAUCAUAAAGCUUAUUGUUUGUUUGUUUGUUUUCCCUUCGCGCUCUGUUCGCUUAAGAAGAGGCGUGUUUACACACAUAUAUACUUCUUGCUGUUGUUUCCUUGAUGCCUAUUCUAAGUGAAAGAACGACUUUCUUUUUCUGGUUUUCUACAACCCUUAUCGCAAUGCGCUCUGACAUUCAUCGGCAGCGGCACGUGCCGCUUGUGGGCACCACCAACCUCCGAGACCUCGGCGGCUACCGCACCAACGACGGGACUAAAACCAUUAAAUGAGGCGUCUUGUACCGCUGCGAUCAGCUGGCUGAAGUCCCGCCCGAGAUGGCCCAACGCGUCCUCGUAGAUCAGCUCAACAUCCACACGACCUAUGACCUGCGCGCGGACAAGGAAGUCGCGGUGAAGAGCUACGACAUCCCGCGCAUCGCACGCAACCACGUGCCCAUCGACGCGACGCAGAUAUCGAAGUACAUCGAAGAGGGCGAAGACUUCCGCGAGAGCCCGGUGUCCUUUCGGAUGAUGCAAGGGCUGUAUCGGGAUUUCGUUCAGUCGUACGGCCUGACCUUUGGUACCGUGAUCAAGGGCAUCUUGGCCACCGACUCCUCACCGCACAACGCAUCGUUAUUCCACUGCACUGCUGGCAAAGAUCGCACGGGGUGGACGCGUACCUGCUCUAUCGUUGCUAGAUAUCAACGAGGAGGAGAAGCGCAAGGAUUACCUGCUCACGAACACGUACUUCAAGGUACCGCAAGAUGCCUAUGA